GACGACUCGAGCAUCCGCAACCACUGGGCUCUGCUAGUAGCCGGGUCUGCGGGGUCGGGCAGGUGGCCCAACUACCGGCACCAGGCCGACGUGUGUCACGCCUACCAGGUGCUGCUGCGCGGGGGACUCAGACCCGCACACAUAGUGGUCAUGAUGUACGACGACAUAGCGUACGACACACAAAACCCAUUCCCGGGGCAGGUGUUCAACUCUCCA